AUGUCCUCCGAGCAGGCCAGGAAUGUCGUCGGGAAAAUCAUUCGCGAGAUCGGACAGGAAUGCGCCACCCAGGGACAAACUGUUCCUGAAACCUUAGUGGCUUUCAUGGUGAAAGCUGUUGCUUUAGAUCCAAGAAAUGACUUUAAAGUGGAUCAAAUACUUACAAAAGAAGAUACGCAAAAUAUUAUCCAGCUCUGUGUUACCAGACUGCUUGACACAACAAACCCAUCCCUGAGCACAAUCAAGAUGCAAGUUUACUUUGAUAUGAACUAUGCAAACCGAGCUGAAUUACUCAGUGAGCAGCACCGUGUUCUGGAGGCAAGGCUGGCUCCUGUGGUCAGAGAUAUCACAGACAGUUGUCCUCAUUUGCAAGAAGAAAUGGAAAAUGUGUAUCAAAAGAUUGUUAGCUAUAUGCUGCUGGCCUCCGGCCUAGGAUCCCCAACAAAUAUUGGAGUUGUCAGGGAGGUAACAGCUGCCCUGCAGAGUGUAUUCCCCCAGAGAGAGAUAAUGACUUUCACCUCACUUGGUAAGAAGAACAAAGAGCAACAGCUGAAAACUUAUGCCAUGCUAGUCACAGGAAUUCGAUUGUACAACAAAGCAUGUGGGAAAGGAGGAAGCAGCAUUGAUGACUUGCCAGCCAUUCUGAAUGAAGCCAUUCCGUCAGCUACACGGGCUAUCGAUGAAGGUCUUAAUAAUUGCCACCUACGGGCCCACCAGUACACAACUCUGUUGGAAUCUAUGCAGGAAGACCAACACAGGCAUACACAGCUAAGUUCUUUAAAAUUAAAGGAAGCACUGUUCAAUGUGAGACAAUAUGAAGCCUUCCUUUGCAUCCUUCUGUCUGAUGCGAUUACAAGUGCUCAAGAAGUUGAAAAGAUGCAAGUGCAGUUUGCAACAACAAUGGAGCAGUUGAAAAACACAGUGGAGAAUAAAGUUUCCGUAGAUGCCAACAAAGUUUUUCCUCUCUUUAUUGCACUUUCUAACCUCUGGACCGGCUUUCAGGAUGAGAUGCUACUGCUAAAGUCCCUCACAAGUAUGAGUAACAAUCUGCAACAGUUCUCGGAAAUCCAAUCACAGCUUUUUCCUGAGGAACUGCUAACAUCUCUUCUGGAAGGACUGACUGUGAAAAGUGAUGAGGAAAGGUUAAGAGAAACCAUGGGAACCAGAGUGAAUGUUUCUGAUUUUGAGAACCAGGAAUGGCUUUUCCCAGAGACUGUUGAUCAUUUUGAUCAGUUGCUAAUCCAAUACCAUGGUUUCUGUGCACAUGCAAUUGGUGUAAAAGGCCUCAUCCUCCCAGGAAAUCCUGCUAUUGGAAUUUUGAAGCACAAGGAGAAAUACUACGUUUUUACUUCCAAAGAAGCUGCAUACAUCUUUGCUCAAGAUCCAGAUAAGUUCAUUCAGCUGAAUGUAGAAAAAGCAAAAGAAUAUGCAGAGCUAAUUCAACUGCUUGAGCUUCAUCAUCAGUUUGAAUACCUUGUUCCAUAUACACAGGCCAGAACUCCAGACAAAUGUUUGAUGAAACCAACUGUAAAAUGUGACAGCAGUUCUCAAACUGAUACACAUAUCUUGCCUCCAACCAUUGUGACAUCCUAUGAGUGGAAUGAAUGGGAAAUGAGAAGAAAAGCUAUAAAAUUGGCCAAUUUGCGCCGCAAAUUAACUCAUGCCAUGCAAACUGAUCUCAGCAAUAUGAGAAGACAGAAUUGCACCCAAGUGUACUUGCCAAAAGAUGUUAGCACCCAGACUAAGCGUGACAACUCAAGCAAUGUACCCAGACCACAGAUAUUCCUGGAAGGUCUCCGAGGACAAUCAUCUACUACUGAUACGGUCAAAGUAAACUUAACAAGAGCAGUAGAUGAAACCUAA